AUGUCAACACGCACCGUCCUCACUCGCUUGGGACACCUACGUGUCUAUACACCAUUACGCGCCUUCUCCACCUCGCGCGCCCUCUCAUCCGAGCACCCGCCGUCACCAGCCAACCCGGCCAACGCGCGCCAAGUAGCCACCGCCGGCGGACGCACCCACCGCACCCCCGGUGCGCCUCUCAACUCUCCCGUUGCGGCCGGUGGUCCCGGGGAGAACGCCGCGUACUGCGCCUCCCUACUCGAACUCCACCUCGUGACCACGACGGUAUCGCAGCCGGCGAUCGCAGCUAUGCGGUUCCAGUUCUGGCGGGACGCGCUGGCUGCCAUCUUCUCGGGCAAGCCGGCGCCUCAGCACCCUGUCGCGCUUGCUCUGGCUGAGAUGCAUGCUGCACGGCCGGUGCAACGGUAUUAUCUUGGACAGCUGAUUGAUGUUCGGGCCAAGAACCUCGCCGCCCCAUCCGCCUCGGCAACCCUCGAGCAACACCUGGCAACCUACUCCCCUCUCGCUGGUGCGCUGUUGCAAGGACCUCUGCCAAUCCUCCUUUCCCCCACCGACCCCGAGACGGGACACAUCGCGCACACGUUGAGCCACAUUGCGCACCUCCUCGCUGUCUCCUCGCUUCUGCGCGCUCUACCCAGCCUCGUGGCCAAGAGACAGCUGAACAUUCCGGCCGACGUGUCUGCCCGCCAUGGGCUCGUGGACGAGGAGGUGUUCCGGCGCGGCACCGAGGCGCCGGGAUUGAAGGAUGCCUUGUUCGAGAUCGCGACGAGGGGAAUGGACGAACUUAUUACCGCCCGCCGCGAUUUGAAUAAGACGGACGGCAAGGUCGUGCCCAAGGAGUGUAUGCCGCUUUUCCUCGCUGCUGUACCCGCUGAGCGCUAUCUCCAUCGGUUAGAGAAGGCCGACUUUGAUGUGUUUGCGCCAGAGCUUGCCAAGCAUGAUUGGCAGCUCGCGCCGCGUAUCUGGUGGGCGUACCAUCGCGGCAAGCUGUAG